CGCCUCGCCACGGCCCCAUCUGACGAGCGGCCAUUCAUCAGGCCGGCUGGCCUAUCAAUGACAUUGCUCCCAUCGGGGCUCCUAUAAAAUGAUGCUUUUUCCCAUGAAACAUCCGCAAACAUUUUGACGGGUUUGGCUUUGCCCGGCUGGAUUACUGAGUGUCCCCUCUCUGGCUCGCUCUUUCUCGCUCCCCCUUCUCCGAGCUCUUUCCCUUCUCUCUCUCUCUCUCUCCUUUCUUCUCUCCUUCUGCCUUUCCCUUUCCUUCUUUCUAUCCUUUCGUCCCUGCACUCUCUGCGUCUUCCCUUCCCUCCUUCCUCCUUUCCUCCCUGGGCAGCUCUAGCACAGGGGAUCCCCAAACAUCAGGAUUUUUGGGGGGCGCCUGUGCUGUCCAUGGGAAGAGCAUGCAUUGUGGGUUACUGGAGGAACCCGACAUGGAUUCCACAGAGAGCUGGAUUGAAAGAUGUCUCAACGAAAGUGAAAACAAGCGUUAUUCCAGCCACACAUCUCUGGGGAAUGUUUCUAAUGAUGAAAAUGAGGAAAAAGAAAAUAACAGAGCGUCCAAGCCCCACUCCACUCCUGCCACCCUGCACUGGCUGGAGGAGAACUACGAGAUUGCAGAAGGAGUGUGCAUCCCCCGCAGCGCCCUCUAUAUGCAUUACCUGGAUUUCUGUGAGAAGAAUGAUACCCAGCCUGUUAAUGCUGCCAGCUUUGGGAAGGUGAGUCCAGCCUCACCCACUUUAUUCCUUUUCUUCCCCUUCUCAGUAACGGAUACGUAGUUCUUAACCAUGUUUUAAAUAAUUCAAUUUUUUUUUAGGUUACCAAAGUAAAUACUUUGGUUACUUUGCCAUUAAAAUGUCAAACAAUUGUUAACAAAGUGGUACCAAACCAAAUGCCAAAGCAGAAUAAUACCAAAGAUUAAAGUUUUCAAAGAAUUCAGACAUGUUGUAAAAUAAAAGUGAAUGUCUACCUUGA